AUGCACACCAGUAUCAGUGAGAUACUGAGGGAGAAGAGUCUGAAGCCGUCCCGCCGCAGUCUGCCCUGUCUGGCUCAGAGUCAGACGCACCCUCAGGACCUCAGUCACUGUCUCUCUGUACCCCUGAGUCCAGAGCCCAAAGCCCCUACACACACACACAGCAUCAGCUCCUCCUGCACACACAUUACCCCUCCGCCAGCAGAGGCAGUAAAGGACCACUAUGCAGAUGAGACAGAAACUCCAGCUUACAAGUCCAAAAUGGAUGAGUCCCUCUUGAUCCAGAAACCAGUGAGCCGGGCCAAACUGGAAUCUCGCACAGACUCAUUACGGGCGAGCAACCCGGCGAAGCCGUCUGGACUGCUGUUCCGGGACGGGAAGAAACGCAUCGAUUACAUCCUGGUCUAUAAGAAGUCCAGUCCCCAGGUGGAGAAGAGGUGUACGUUUGAAAGGAACCUGCGUGCAGAGGGACUGAUGCUGGAGAAAGAGCCGUCGCUGACCAAUAAUGACAUCAUGUUUGUGAAGAUCCAUGCGCCGUGGGACACGCUAUGUAAAUAUGCAGAGCAAAUGAACAUCAGAAUGCCUUUCAGGAAAAAAUGUUACUUCACAGACUGGAAGAAGAAGUCUAUCGGCAGUAGGUUUCAUUUAAGGUGUCGGCAGCUGAAGAGUUGGCUCCCCAGGAACCCCAUGAAGUUGGAUAAGGCAGCGUUGCCGGAUCUGGAAGAAACAGACUGUUACACCGCCCCCUUCAGCAGAGCCAGAAUGCACCAUUUCACGAUCAACAACAGAGAGACGUUUUUCUCCAACUCUACGAGAAGCAGAAUUGUCCACCACGUUUUACAGCGCACAAAGUAUGAGGACGGCAAGUCCAAGAUGGGUAUUAAUAGGUUGCUUGGCAACGGAACCUAUGAGGCGGCGUUCCCCCCCCAUGAGGGGAGUUACAAAAGCAGUCACCCGAUAAAGACACACGGUGCCCAGAACCACAGACACCUGCUGUACGAGAGAUGGGCUCGCUGGGGUAUCUGGUACAAGUACCAGCCUCUGGACCUGAUCCGGAGGUACUUUGGGGAAAAGAUUGGUCUAUAUUUUGCCUGGCUGGGCUGGUAUACAGGUAUGCUGAUCCCAGCAGCCCUCGUGGGCCUCUUUGUCUUCCUCUAUGGCCUCUUCACCAUGGACUCUAGUCAAGUCAGUAGAGAGAUUUGUGAGGCCAAUACAACCAUCAUGUGUCCAAUGUGUGAGGGAAACUGCAGCUCAUGGACCCUUAGUGACAGCUGCAUCUAUGCAAAGGUGACCCAUCUUUUUGAUAACGGAGGCACUGUCUUUUUCGCCAUCUUUAUGGCGAUAUGGGCCACCGUGUUUCUGGAGUUCUGGAAAAGACGGCGAGCAGAGCUGACCUACGACUGGGAUUUGAUCGACUGGGAAGAGGAGGAGGAGGAGCUCCGACCACAGUUUGAGGCGAAAUAUUCCAGGAAGGAGAGAGUGAAUCCUAUCUCUGGAAAACCGGAGCCUUUCCAACCCUUCACCGACAAACUCAGCCGGCUCAUGGUCUCCGUUUCUGGAAUCUUCUUCAUGAUCUCUCUGGUAUUGACAGCAGUGUUUGCCGUGGUGGUAUUUCGGCUAAUUGUCAUGGAGAAGUUUGCGUCCUUCCAGUGGGAGUUUGUGAAGAAAAACUGGCAGUUUGCCACCUCGGGAACUGGAGUCUGCAUCAACUUCAUCAUCAUCAUGUCCCUGAAUGUGGUCUAUGAAAAAGUGGCAUACCUUCUGACAAACUUAGAACACCCACGCACGGAGUCGGAGUGGGAGAACAGCUUUGCCCUUAAGAUGUUCCUCUUCCAGUUUGUAAAUCUAAACAGCUCCACCUUUUACAUUGCCUUCUUCUUAGGGAGGUUUGCAGGCAGGCCCGGGGACUAUAACAAGCUCUUUGAUAGAUGGCGAAUGGAAGAGUGCCAUCCCAGCGGCUGUCUCAUUGACCUGUGCUUACAAAUGGGAGUGAUUAUGGUUCUGAAGCAGAUGUGGAACAACUUCAUGGAGCUGGGUUAUCCACUGCUGCAGAACUGGUGGUCGCGGAGGAAGAUGAGGAGGGCGGGGGAGCAGAAUAACGUGGAGAGGAAGGAGAAACUGCCUCAGUGGGACAAAGACUGGAACCUUCAGCCCAUGAACGCUCACGGCCUGGUGGACGAGUACCUGGAGAUGGUCCUACAGUUUGGUUUCACCACCAUCUUUGUGGCUGCCUUUCCGCUGGCUCCUCUGCUGGCCCUGCUGAACAACAUCAUUGAGAUCCGACUGGACGCCUACAAGUUUGUCACACAGUGGAGGAGACCAAUGCCGGCCAGAGCCACGGACAUCGGGAUCUGGCACGGCAUCCUGGAGGGCAUUGGCGUGGUGGCUGUCAUCACUAACGCUUUCGUCAUCGCCAUCACGUCUGACUACAUCCCCCGUUUUGUCUAUGCUUUCAAAUACGGGCCCUGUGCAGACAAGGGCUACCAGCACGAAGAAUGUCUCCGAGGAUACCUGAACAACAGUCUGUCUGUGUAUGAAAUGAAUGAACUGAAGAAUGGCACUAAUAAUCAGCCCAGAUACUGCAGGUACCGUGACUACAGGGCCCCGCCCUGGAAUCCUGAGCCGUAUGAGUUCACUCUUCAGUUCUGGCACGUUCUGGCUGCCAGACUGGCGUUCAUCAUCGUCUUCGAGCACCUGGUGUUUGGCAUUAAGACGUUCAUCGCCCACCUGAUCCCGGACAUGCCUAAAGACCUGUGUGACCGCAUGAGGAGAGAGAAGUACCUGAUGCAGGAGAUGAUGUAUGAGGCUGAACUGGAGCACCUGCAGAAAGAGAGGAAGAAAAACGGCAAACAAUAUCACCAUGAGUGGCCUUAGC